CAUUUCUUAUUUUUCGUGUGGGUGUGCGUGUAUGUGUGUGUUUACGAGUGCGCGGGUAUAGUUGCAGGUUACUUGGUGCUCUCGUGUACCUACAGUGUGCGAUGUUGAUUACGACAUUUCUGGUCACGGCCGGUUGGCUGGCGUUGGCGGGCUUGCCGGCCGGCGUUUGGGCCAAACUGGAUCCGAACCCCGACAUCGAUCUCAGGACCAACGAAUUGGUGAGAAAGUACGGCUACCCGUUCGAGGAGCACACGGUAGUCACCGAGGACGGCUACAUACUGGGUUUGCACCGAAUACCGCAUGGUAGAAGGAAUUACGACGGAAGCUACUUCGCGAGACGGCCACCUGUCUUGAUGAUGCACGGCCUGGGCGGCAGCUCGGCUGAUUGGGUUCUCAUGGGGCCGGGCUACUCUUUGGCGUACUUCCUUGCGGACACAGGGUACGACGUUUGGCUGGGGAACAACCGUGGCAACGUUUACUCGAGAAAUCACACCAACAUGGAACCAACUGACCGCUACUUUUGGGACUUUAGCUUCCACGAGUUAGGGAUGUACGACUUGCCGUCGAGCAUCGAUUACAUCCUAGGCGUUACCAGACACAGGAGAAUCCUGUACGUGGGCCACUCGCAGGGCACAACCCAAUUACUCGUGAUGACCUCGCAGCUGCCCCGGUACAACGGCAAGAUCGCGCUGGCGGCUGGCCUCGCACCCGCAGCCUUCACCGGCUAUCUCCGGGGCCCCAUCACUCAACUCACCAAGCUGACAUACUUCGGUGUCUGGGUGGGCGAAAAUUUUGGCUAUCCAGAGUUUGGCUCGCGCUCGAGGUGGGGCAGAUUCAUUUCUCGGCUGUUUUGCCAGAGCGCCGCUCCGACGCAGAUCUUUUGCAGCACCAAGUUUUAUCUGCUAGCUGGAUUCAGUCCCGACAUUGAUUUGGACAAGCUGACGGUCAUCGCGAGCCAUUUGCCUGCCGGUGCCUCUUGGAAGCAGCUCAUUCAUUAUGGCCAAGGGUACAUCAAUCCUGGGUACUUUCGACUCUACGAUUAUGGGAAUGAUAACAGGAAUCGCUUGGUGUACGGAUAUCCCACGCCGCCAGAGUACAAGCUUGAAGCCAUAACUGCACCCAUUGCUCUGUUCAGCAGUACCAAUGAUUGGUUGGCCACUCCAAAGGACAUUGAAUUACUUGCUAAUAAAUUGAGGAGUGUUGUUUAUCAUAGAAGGAUUUCAACCAAUCCGUUCAAUCAUUAUGAUUUCAUAUGGGGAAGAACAGCACCGCAUAUUGUCUUUGAACCUUUGAUGCGGCUUAUGGAAAAAUAUCGAUAUCUAUGACACCUUUUAACGAGUUUGUUACGUUUACCAUGUUGUGUUCAUCAAACAUGAUUGUAUGAUAAUCAAAUCAUUCUAG